AUGGCCUGGGCUUCGCUCCUGCUCGCGCUGCUGGCUCACUGCACAGGGGCCACUUCCCAGUCUGUGAUUCAGCCAACCUCGCUGACCACAAACGCCGGGGGGACAGUCGUGCUCACCUGUGGCUCCAGCGCCGGGGCCGUCAGCACCAGUAAUUAUGCCAACUGGGUCCAACAGAAGCCCUACCAGGUACCCAAGGGUUUAAUAGGUGGUACCACCAACCGAGUUCCCGGGGUUCCCGUCCGGUUCUCCGGCGCCGUGACUGGAGACAAGGCCACCCUCACCAUCACGGGGGCCCAGCCUGAGGACGAGGCGGAGUAUUACUGCGCUCUGUGGUUCAGCAACCAUUCGCACAGUGACAGGUGCUGGCGGGGAAGUGAGACAUAA